CUUCUGAAAUGCCGGUCUCGGGUAUUUUAACGAUACGCUUGGAGAAUUGAUAGAUUAUCGACGAUGUGGAGUGCAAAUACGCUAAAUUUAGCCCCACGCAAACGCGUCGAUCGCGUCUCCCCGAAUUUUGACCUGAACACCAGACCAGACUCAAAUUCCCAAACCCUGACUACGAGACCACCCAACACAUGUCUGACGACGGAAGAGUCGCGGCAACGCGGUACAACAAUGGGAAUCGUGCAUUUCUGCAGUCUUUCCUAGCCCGUGGAACUUUGACAUUCGCAGAAGCCAAGCCUAUGCUAGCAGCCAUUCUCUCAGUACAAGAAGCCUCAGACAAGGAGGUCAAUGAAGAUCAGAUUGUCCAAGCAGAUCUCGACUCUUUCAUCGAAGCAGCUGCGGAGGCUGUCUCUCCUUUCGAUUAUGAGAUCAAGAGCACAAGGAACCAGGACACGAAGGAGCGAAUAUGGGCCUUGGUGAAUAGUGUUAGCGAUCCUCUCACACAAUUAGCAACGACUCGAACCACAGAAGAGAUCUAUUAUAUCAAGCGAUUCCUUGACGCCAUGUUCGAGACCUAUAACACAAAGCGAAGGGAGGUGAUGGCUGUUUCCGAUAUGCAGGCUCUGGAGACGAAAAUCCGCAAAGGUACUACGCGGCAGAGCAAUGGCGAGGCAGGCGCACAAUCUCAAGCUGCAGACAAGGGCCUCAUGUCGGAUCAGACAGAGAAGCUUCUUGCGCAACUUGAAAAGGAAAAGUGGCUCGCUCGGACAAGAUCUGGAUACUACAUGCUCACACCGCGCGCGUUGAUGGAACUACGAACCUGGCUAGUCCAUACGUACAACGACGCAGAUGAACCGGAAGAAUGGCAGGCAAUCAAGUUCUGUGAAGCAUGCAAAGAGAUUGUAACGAUUGGGCAACGGUGUUCGAAUCUGGAUUGUAAUACUAGGUUGCAUAACAUCUGCGAAGAGGCAUAUUGGAGAGCACGGCCAGGCAAAACUUGUGCAAAAUGCGAUACUGCAUGGGAUGGCAAGCACUUCGUUGGACCAAAAGCUGUCACGGCUACAGAUGAUCAUCUAAGGGAGAAGCAAAGAAGUGGUGUUAGCAAGAGGAGAAGAGCAGAUGUGGACGAAGACGAUAAUGGUGGUGAAGGUUCGAGUGGGAGAAGGCGAAGAACCCGAGUUGAGGAAGCACCUGAGGUGGAAGAGGAGAAUGAGGAGGAGGGAGAAGCCGAGGAAGAGGAGGAUGAAGAGCCUGGUCACAAUGGUUCUGAGGUCGUGAAUGGUGGCAGGAGGAGAAGAAGCAAUCGAGUGGUUGAAGAGGAGGCAGACGAAAGUGGUUCAGACGAGUAA